CACUACUUCAAACACCAAAAAAUCCCAGAAAUGGCAUUCAAGUUGGUCGCUUUCCUCGCCACCCUGGCUGUCGCACAGGCCGGUCUUCUCGAUGCUCCUGGACAUUUGGCCUACAGCGGCGGACAUCAUGCUUACAGUCAUGCUGCUCCCGUUGUUCACGCAGCCCCCGUUGUCCACGCUGCUCCCCUUGCCUAUGCUGCCCACAGCUACGCUCCCCAGCAUUAUGCUGCGCACAGCUAUGCUCCCCAGCAUUAUGCCUACGGAUCCCAGCACCAGUCUGUCCUCCGUAGCCAUCUUGGCUCAACUGUGUCCGCCUACGGCAAGCACGUUGAGUCUCCCUACUCCCACGUCUCCAAGUACGUGAGCCGUGUGGAUACUCCUCAUGCCGUGGUCGCUCACGCUGCCCCAGUUGUGGCUAAGACCUACGCCGCUCCCGCCGUGGUCGCUCACGCCGCCCCAGCUGUCUACUCCGGACACGUUGCGCAUCACGCCCCAGCUCUCUACUCCGGACAUGUUGCGCAUCAUGCCCCAGCUCUCUAUGCCGGACAUGCUGCUCAUGGUCUGGCCUAUGCUGCCCCCCAUGCUGUCCACUACUCCCCAGCUACUGCUGUCUCCCAUGCCAGCUUCCACGGUGUGGGUGCCCAGUACGCCUGGUAAAUGCUGACGCCAAAUUCAACUUGUGCCUGAAUGAGAUAACGACCUCAUGACCCUACCUAAAACAUAUUUAUUUUUUUAAAAAAAUGAAAUAAAUAUUACAGUUGAAAAUU